UGUGGUGACGUGUCUGCGUGCAGGGAAGUUUGUGUGCAGAUGUGCGUGUUGCGUACUUUCAUCGGGGCCAACACGCAGGGGAUCGGACCAUGAUCAUGUCCCUCCAGGGGUCAUCAUGUCGUGGAGACGUCACAUCAGCGGCUGCGUCUUCAGCCUCGUCUUCGUGGUGUCUUACUUCACCAACAAGUUUGUCCUUUCUGUGUUAAAAUUCACAUAUCCAACGUUAUUUCAAGGAUGGCAGACGUUCAUCGGGGCUCUUCUUCUCCUGCUCUUCUGGAAGCUGGAAUGGGUGGAGAUGAGCCGCAUCACCAGAUCGGCAGCUCUGCCCUGGCUCCCGGCCUCCCUCCUGUUCGUAGGAAACAUAUAUGCUGGAUCCAGAGCCUUAUCACACAUUGAAAUCCCUUUUUUCUUCACACUCCAGAAUUCCUCUCAUGUUGUUAGCUACACAAUUCUGAAGGUUGUUCGUAGAGAGAAGAUGCGCUGGAUGACAUUUAUCAGCAUCUGCUUCAUGCUGCUUUCAGCCAUCAACCUUCCCCUCUAUGACCCUCAGUUUGACAACAGUGGGUACCUGUGGGCUGUUGCUCAUCUGUUCUGUGUCGGUGCAUACCGGGUGAUUCAAGUUCAUUACAAGCCCAGUAAUUUAAGUGACCUUGAAAUACAGUGCAUCAACUACCUGUGCAGUGUUCUGCUGCUGGCUGCUGCUGCUCAUCCUACAGGCGACCUCAUGGCUGCCAUGGAGUUCCCCUCCCUUCAGUCCUACACGUUUCACUGUGGCUGCUGUGCCAGCGCCGUGCUGGGGUUUCUUCUGCUGUUGGCCACCGUCAAACUAAAGAGUGGAAUCUCCCUCGAGCACUUUAGGAUCUGGUGUUUUAUAUCAAAGGUUACUGCCAUGUGCCUCUCUCCUUUGGUUUUCUCCAUGAAAAUAAACACUCCAUCUCUGAUUUGUGUGCUGCUCAGUCAUGUCGGGGAGGCCCUGCUGGUGUAUUCUGACAGAGAACCUCAGCUUUGACAAACAGCAGCUUUCACUUCAAUGAAGAGAACAUGUUUAUAUUUUUUCACUUUUCUAAUCUUUGGUGUUUAACCUGCUGACCAAAUAAAAUGAUCUCUGUAA